UUGUGAGGUGAAAACACAGAAAGUGCUUCCAAGCCUGUCGACACAGCAUGUGGAGCGUAUGCAGAGAUGGGACGUGCCACCAUGGCUAGCGGCUUGAAAGCCGCCGCACCCUUCGGCAUUAUCGCGGCACUCGACCGCCGUGCUCGAGACUAGGCCUAAUCAGGACCGUCGGUGCGCUCUUUCGAACCCGCGACCUUCGAGGCCGUCAUGGAGCAGCCGAGCCUCUGACUUCCUGCGACAUGUUUUCGGCCCGGGACGCGGCCGACUCCAAUUUGGAUGUAGACGGCCACGAGAUCGCGUCCAAGUGGAAGGGACUGCUGGUGGCGGCGCUCAAGAAGGUUCAGUGCCAAGUGCAUCCCACGCUGACUGCCACCGACGAGGCCCUGCAAUAUGUCGAGGGCCUGGUCCUGCGGCUGCUGUGGACGCUGUGCGGAGGCCGGCCGCACUCUGUGCAGGACGUGGAGGACCGCGUGCGCCGCCUCUUCCCGAACCCCAUCGACCUGUGGGCCAUCAAGGACGCUCAGGCAGCCCUGGAGCGAGGCCGUCGCCGAUCUUCCCUCGUGCUGCCGCUCGACAAAAUACACCCCCUCCUGCACAAGGUUCUGGGCUACCGGCUGGACCUACAGGUGAGCCAGUACAUGGUGGCUGUGCUGGAGUACAUAGCAGCUGACAUCCUCAAGCUGACUGGCAACUACGUCAAGAACAUCCGUCAUGUUGAGAUCACCUGUCAAGACUGCAGGGUCGCCAUGUGUGCCGACAAGGUGCUCAUGGACAUGUUCCACGGUGAAGACCUUGCGGCAGCUGAGGAAGAGUCCCUGGGCAGCCGGCCGCCAUCCUCGUACGACGAGGAGGUCAAGGACCUCAUUGCCGAAGAGAGGCAGCACAUACGUGAACUCAACAUGAUCAUCAAGGUCUUCAGGGAGCCCCUGGACAAGCUCUUCCCUGGGAGCAAGGACCUGGAUGUCAUCUUUGGCAAUGUCAUGGAGGUGUACGAGUUCAGUGUCUCGCUCCUCGGCUCCUUCGAGGACGUCGUCGAAAUGACAGACGAGAAUCAGAGUCCUGCCAUUGGUUCCUGUUUCUACGAAAUGGCCGAGUACGACGAGUUUGACGUGUACGACGACUAUGCGCAAACUGUGGUAGCCCGAAGUUGUCGCGACACAUUGGCUGAGCUGCUGCUGAAACCAGACGUGGCCAGCUCCCUACAGACCGCUGGACAUGGCUUUCUGCUAGCAGUGAAGUAUGUUCUGCCAAGGUUGCUUGUGGGUCCGGUGGCCCACUGCUUUCAGUAUUUUGAAGCCAUCAAGGUGUUGCAGCAGAUGGCACCAACGGAAGAAGACCGAGAAACGUUGGAGCAGGCCGAAGGAUUGCUCCGGAGGCUGAAGGCCCAGCUUACACGUACCUGCGCCGACAAGCUGCCGCGUAAAAGGCCUGGAGAGGCAUCCUUGCGCAUGCACAGCCGCGACCGCCGAGCCACGGCACUGCACAAGAUGAAGGAGCUGCAGAAGGCUGUCGACGGUUGGGAAGGCCGGGACAUCGGCCAGUGCUGCAAUGAGUACAUCAUGGACGGCACCCUCGGCAAAGUGGGCUCGGGCCGCCGUCUGACGGAGCGGCACCUGUUCCUGUUUGACGGGCUGGUGCUGCUCUGCAAGCACAGCAAUAAGCGCUCAAGCGUCACCGGUGGACCGACACCCGAAUACCGUCUCAAGGAGUGCUUCUUCCUGCGCAGGGUGGAGAUCCUCGAUCGAGAGGACACCGACGAGCUCAAGUUUGCAUUCGAGAUAGCUCCGCGUGAUGCCCCGCACAUCGUGCUCUUUGCCAAGAACGCCGAGGAGAAGAGCACCUGGAUGGCCAGUCUUGUCAUGCUGAACAUGCGCAGCAUGUUGGAGCGAACCCUGGACAGCAUCCUGUCCGAUGAGGAGAAGAAACAUCCACUGCGGCUACCCGAGAACUACAGGUUCUCGCUGGAGGACUCGGAGUCCCAGGUGGUGCUUGAGGAGAAGACGAACGCGGGUGUGCCGCUCAUUAAGGGUGCCACCCUCCUGAAGCUGGUGGAGCGGCUGACGUACCACAUGUACGCCGACCCCAUGUUUGUGCGCACCUUCCUCACCACCUUCCGCUCCUUCUGCCAGCCGCACGAGCUGCUCGAUCUGCUCUCCGAGAGGUUUGAUAUUCCCGAGCCUCAAGCUCCAGCCCUGGCCGAACACGGCGAAGGAGCCGAAGCCGAAGCUGCACGGAACCUGCACCGCGAGUGCCUCAAGCGCUUCCGUAAGGAGUACAGCCAGCCAGUACAGUUUCGAGUGCUGAAUGUUCUGCGGCACUGGGUGGACCACCACUACUACGACUUUGAGCGGGACCCAACACUGCUCGAGAAGCUGCGUGCUUUCCUUGACCGGGUCAAGGGCAAGAACAUGCGCAAGUGGGUCGAGUCCAUCAACAAGGUCAUCCAGCGAAGGAGUGAGCAGUUGGACGAGCCACGGGAGAUCACCUUUGGCUACAGCCCGCCUAACAUCGAGUGGUACCUGUGCAGCACUCCGGACAAGUUUGACAUUCUGACGCUCCAUCCAAUUGAGAUAGCACGGCAGCUGACACUGCUGGAGUUUGACCUGUACCGAGCUGUGAAACCAUCUGAACUGGUGAACGCUGCCUGGACAAAGAAGGACAAGCACAAGACAUCGCCAAAUCUCCUCAAGAUGAUUCAUCACUCAUCUAAUUUCUCCUUCUGGCUGGAGCGGUGCGUCGUAGAGACCGAGAACUACGAGGAGCGGCUGGCCGUGGUGUCUCGCAUGCUGGAGGUGAUGCUGGUGCUGCAGGAGCUCAACAACUUCACGGGCGUGUUUGCAGUGUCCAGUGCCAUGUCCAGUGCCUGCGUCCAUCGGCUGGAGCACACUUUCAACAGUAUCAAGUGCAGCCUGAAGAAGGCACUGGACGAGGCGUUCGACCUGUAUUCUGACCACUGCCGCAAGUACCAGGAGAAGCUGCGCUCUAUCAACCCACCCUGCGUGCCCUUCCUCGGCAUGUACCUGACGAACAUUCUGCACAUUGAGGAAGGCAACCUGGACUUCCUUCCCAACCACGAGGGCCUCAUCAACUUCAGCAAGCGUCGCAAGGUGGCCGAGAUCACCGGCGAAAUCCAGCAGUACCAGAACCAGCCGUACUGCCUCACCGUUCAGCCGGAUAUACGGCAAUUCCUGGAGAACCUGAACCCGCAGGAAGAUAUGACGGAGAAGGAGUUCACAGACUACUUGUACAGCAAGUCAUUGGAGAUAGAGCCCCGAGGCUGCAAGCAGCCACCCAAAUUUCCGCGUAAGUGGCCUGACCUUCCACUCAAGUCGCCAGGCAUCAAGCCACGGCUGACGCGAUCGGCAGGAAGUCACCAGGUGUUGCCCAACUGGGGCGGUGCACCCCCAGCCUCGGAAGGGGAGGAUGCCACGCCUCCAACCAGCCCUUCCACACCGCUGACGCCACCCUAUGUCCAGCACAGUGAUUCGAGUGUGUUUGCACCUGUCCUGAUUGGUGCGGCCUUGUCUCCUGCAACAACACCGUCUGCGCCACCGUCACACCCACCUCCGCCGCCCCCGCCAUCCAAUCUGCCGCCUCUGCUACCACCACCGCCGCUGCCCCCACGCAAGAAGCGGGACUCUUCCACCUCUUCGUGCGAUCCCUCAUCGCCAACAGGGACAGCCUUCUUCUCCGACGUCCCCGACCAGGCCCCGCCGUUGCUGCCUCCACGCGACGGCCCACCGCUGAGGGACGCGUCUCCUCCACCUCCGCCACUUCCGCCGAGGCGGGACGGCGGCUGGACCCUGCCCAGGACUCCGCCCCGCACCAUGCCACCGCCGCUGGACCAGCACCAGCCCCAGCGGGCUCUGUCGCGCCGAAACUCCGCCCACAACGGAGACCUGGCGGCGUUAUUGGUCGGGCCGGGGCCCCUGUUGCCCCGCCGCGACAUCCCGACCGUCCUGUCCCCUCCCCCGCUCAGGCCGCCGCCCUCGAGUACCCCUCAGCUGCCCCCCAAGACUCACAGGCAGCCACAAUUAGUGGUCAACCACAACAGCAGGUAGCCCCCGCCAUCACCCGGGGGGACGAUGGCCGAGCUCUGCUGAUCUGUGCUUUUUUGUUCCUGAAAGUGAAGAAAGACAGUUGGCAUGCGAGUCGCCCGACACCGGUAAAUUCGAGCCGAAACGAAUCGACAGGCCGAGCGAAAAGAGAACCGAGAGACAUCGGCAAAAGUGAAACUGGUUGCGGCAACGUCGGAAAGCCAGGAUCGGAAAGGCCCCACUGUGAUGACCACUGCAUCUCCAGGUCCCUUCACUCGGCCCACCCACGGUCGAGCAUCUAUAACGUCGGGGGCCCCAGAGGCAGGCCCACAGACCCGAUUUCUGCCGAGACUACGCUCCUACGUGGGAGAGACUGUCCUCGUUGAGUUGGCCCACUCUGUCUGGACUACAGCGUCGUUUGAUGAAACGGUGCCCGAAGUCUUCGACCGAGGGUCCGAGCAGCGCCUUGCCAUCGCGGGAAAAAAAAAAGUGUACAUAGACCAGUGCCUGUGGACGGCAGGACCGGCAGGCGGGCAUUCAUUUGUGAUUUUUCUUUUCCCUUGUUGUUGUUGUUAUUACCCGAGCGUUGGGUGGGACACUGUAUUUUUUUCUUUAUUGCGCUUGCCACACUAGAACAAGGUAAUUUAUUUGCCCAAUAAAGAUGCAGUGGCGGCU